AUGCCAUGUUUGUCAAGAACAAUUUUAUCACGCAAUAAUUUACAACAGCAUUUGCAUCAGAAAUGUUACCCAUCAGAAGCAUCAUUAGAAAAUGAUACCAUAAAUAUUUUAGAUGAAGAAACAAUGAAUUAUAAUGAUAGAGAAGGGGGUCAUGUACGAGAUGAACGUUCAAAUGAAAUUGAAAAUAUGUCUGAUGAUGGAAUUCAACAAGAUACAAUGAACGAUCAAAAUCAACAAUAUAUAAAUCAUAAACCAUUAACAAGAAAUCAACGACAAAAUCGCAAACAUCGAGCUAAUAGAUAUGGAUAUGAAAUCAUUCGGAAAAUUUAUCAUAAAUUUACCAUUACAGAUAUUAAAAAAAUCUUAAUAUUUAUGGAUAUUCCUUACGUGAACAUCAAUGUUGUCGGAAGCACAUUAUUCUUGGGUGUAAACCCAAGUGAAGCAUCUUGUAAGUAA